GGGAAAUAUUCCCAGGGGCCAUUACACUGAAAUCAUUUUACAGCGAUAGUGUUCUAAAUGUAAACUCUCUGCAGUAUGAAGAAAUGCUCCAAAAUAUAACAGACUUUUUUAAGGAUGCCUUCAAAGGUUUAACAAGCUUUAGGCAGACUGUCAUUGUGGAAGUUCAACUUGAAAAAAAAGACAGAUCUUCUUUUCCGACAAGUGUAACAGUGAUAAACCUGUUUACGGAGAACUCAGGUGUAGAAAAUGAGACAGUUAGUUCUGCAAUAAACAGAGCACAGGAAACUUCAUCCUAUGUCUCUCAGUACAGAGCUACAAGCUAUUGUGCUGCUUUUAACUGUCAUGCUAACACCACAGAGUGCUAUGAAAGUAUGUUUCCAAAAUGCAUAUGCAAAAAAGAUUACUCAAAAACAGCCUGGGAUGAUCGUUCUUGUUCAGAUUGCAGUAAAGACUGUUCUAAAGAAAAAAACAAGUACUGUGCAAAAGAAGAAGGGGUUCCAAUAUGCAAAUGCUUGCCUAACUUUGAAAAGAAGAAAGAAAAAUGUGUACCUUGUCCAGUGGGCUACUCCGGAGAGAACUGCAAGAACAAUAGUGAACUCAUCCUUAUAAUUGUGGGUACAGUGUUUGGAGCAACUAUCCUGAGUUUAGUGAUAGCAGUCUCUAUUGUUUCAAUAAGAGCCAAACACAAACAAGAUCCAGAGAAGAAGAGCCUGAUUAAGUCAGGAUAUUCCAAGCAAAAUACCUCUGAUGAUAGACAGCCCACCAUGUUCCCCAGAGUCCAGACCACUUCUGGCCAUGCGAAUCCAGGAUAUCAGCCAAACAACCCAUAUGAGAUGCGCUCCUCAAAUAGGGGUCAUUUUCUGGAGCAGGAUUAUGAUGAUGUGUAUGAAAUAUCACGGGAGCCCGAGGGCUUUAGGAUGCAGAACAGAUACUAA